UUGUUCAUGCUCCCAGCCUGCAGCAGAGUCUUGCAUCGCCGUCGCCUUCUUCUCGCUCUUUUAGGGUUAAAUUCUCACAGACACUUGACUUCCUCUUGCAAACCUCUCACUCUAACACCCUGGCAAGCCCUCCUCGGUUUUUUUCCCCCCUCAAGUAAAUGUUAUAAAUAGUGCUGUGUGUUCUGUUGACUGGCCAUCCUCCUCUCAAAGUGAACGUCUCAGCCCACCUUUGCUCACUCACCUUUUCACUCCUUCUCUCUCCACACACACUUCAGCUUUUUUUACGUUCUCCUCUGGAGCUUUUUACAGGAUUUCUCUGCUUGUUCUUGCUCUGCCAAGAGACUGGAAGACGCUGAAACCGAGUCAGCGGACGAACUGAGAUUGACCAGCUUGUCAGGAUGCGUUGCGUGAGCUGGUUGUUGCUGGGGACCUGCCUUUUGGUCGUGGGCCCCGCGGUGCAGGGAGUCCCGGGCCAGUGCCCCAGCCUGUGCCACUGCCACGGCGACCUACAGCACGUCAUCUGCGACAACGUCGGGCUGAAGAAGAUCCCUCGUGUGUCAGAGGUCACCCGUUUGCUGAACCUGCAGAGGAACAGCCUGGGCACUAUCCCGACAGGGGCUUUCAGUGAAAGCAAGGGGCUCAUCUCUCUGCACAUGCAGCACUGCCAGCUCCGAGAGAUCGGAUCCCAGGCCUUCAAGGGGCUGAAGAAGCUUGUCUACCUCUACCUGUCCAUGAACGAGAUCAACAACAUCAAACCCGGCGCCUUCGAGGACCUCACCGAGCUCACCUACCUCUACCUAGAUGGGAACCAGAUCAGCGACCUGGCCAAGGGCAUCUUCUCCCCAAUGAUCAACCUCUUUAUCCUGCAGCUCAAUGACAACAAGCUCCGGGAGCUGCGACAGGGGACCUUCGAAGGCGCCAAAGACUUGCGCUGGCUGCACAUGAGCGGGAACGAGCUGAGCACCCUGCAGCCGGGCUCUCUGGACGACGUGGAGAACCUCGCUAUACUUCACCUGGACAACAACAAGAUGUCCACCUAUCCCAGCGUGGCAAUGAGCAAACUGCGAGUGGUGGAGGAGCUCACGCUGGGGAAGAACCCCAUGAGGACCAUCCCGGACAACGCCUUCCAGAGCUUUGGGCGCUACAUGGAGAAACUAACCCUGGACAACAUGGGUCUGGAGAAGUUCUCUGACGGCGCGUUUACCGGUGUGACGGCGAUCAAGUCACUGCACCUCGACAACAACAAGCUAAAGUCUCUGCCCAGAAGCCUCGAGUACGGCACCAUCACCAACCUCACCCUCUCCAACAACCCAUGGAGCUGCACAUGUCAACUAGCUCCACUGCGCAGGUGGAUGGACUCGAGCCGCAAUCGUCCGGACGCAGUGUGCGCUUCUCCAGCUCAGCAGAAAGGCAAACAAGUCAGAGACAGCACCGCCCUAAGUGGCUGCAGAGUGAAGCCAAAGAGAGCCAAAAAGGGCACGCGCCAUUGGCCAUCGAACGCGCAGCCGUCCAGGAGACGCUGAGGAGGAGCCUGUCCAGGUGACCGGCUACACACAUGCAACGAAAGCAAUGCUAACUCAUUCUACUUCAAGACUGUCCGUCUAUUCAUCUGCCAAAUGUUGUCACCAGUGUAAACACACACAUUCAUAGAUACACACAUGCUCUCUGUCCGUCUCUCUCACACCCCAAACACAUGAAGAGCUUCACAUUCAUUCAGUUAUAUCAAAAGAUGAAUAAAGUCCAGGGGAACCGCCAAAAACAAAGGAGGCAUUUGAGUAAAUGAGGCAUUAAGGACAGAUGUGUCAUCUUUUCCCCCCGGUGCGUUCAGGAGCCUCAAAGAACAAGUUUACACAAAAAAUAAAUAAAUAAAGUACAAAAAAGUCUGAAUGUUCUUCUGAGGGCAGCGUUCUCUUUGAGGUUUGUGUCUUCAUCAUAAAAAACAGAUGAACUCUUCAGGGAAACAUGCUUACUCGUUUUCUUAGGGCACACAGACUGGAAACAGUUCAGCAUGUCUUAAUUAAUCAAGUCAAAACUAAAAACUGCAGUUCCUCUAACGUCCACUUGAGGCUGGCUGAAGUGAGUCAGUCUCCAUAAGU